UUACAACUUCCGGUUGUAAAAAAAGUCAAAGCUUAGUAAGCAGAAUAAAAACAUACAAGAAAAUGGAUAUGACAGCAGACUCCAAUAGUGAUAUCAUUGAACAUUUAAAUAGAGACUUCGAAAAAUGGCAAGAGAGGGAUAAUUCAGACCUGAUUUACUUGUUAGAGAAUAAUACCGAUCGAAAUGGCUGUGUUGUCCUAGUGUUGCUACUUGCAAGUGAACAUGAAUUCAAACUUCAUGUACCAACAAAUUACCCAGAGGGUGAGACAGCUUUUUAUGUUGAGGCUGAUUCUCUUAUAAGUGCAUGGAGCAGAAGUCUAAACGAGAUUUUGAAAGAAGCCACACAACCCCUUUCACUAGAAGAUGUUCUCAACAAAGCUGUUGCUUUAUACACUCAUCAGAAAUCCCAAAAAAGUCCUUCAACCUCAGAGGAGGAGCUUAGUGAUGAGGAGAUGGAGCCAAUGUCUGAAGAGGAGGAAGAGGAUGAAGGGGAGGAGCAAGAGACAAUCAUAUUAGCUGAUGAUGAUGCAUUUACGACAGAAUGGGAAUUGAAAGUUGCUCGCAAAAAGAAACGAUGGGCACAAAAAGAGGCCCAACUAAGGGAAUCUUUAAAAAUGACAAGUGAUCCCCACCCCUUAGGAGCAGUUGCUGCCACCCCUUCUGUCACCCCAGUGUUUACCAGUUCUGGAGCUGCAGGAAUUCUUACUAAUGACCUUGUCAGAAUCAUGGAAAAUGAAAAGCAAAUUGGAUUCACAGCUGAACCUAUAGAUGAUAACAUAUAUCACUGGCAGGUCAAGAUAUUUAACUUUGACCCCAAAAGUGAGCUGAGUCAAGAUUUGAGUGUUAUUGAGAAGAACUUUGGAUAUAACUACAUUGAACUUGAAAUGAUGUUCCAGAUUGAUCUUUAUCCAUUUUAUCCACCACUUGUAAAAGUCAUGAGACCAAGACUUCAAGGCUUUAUGAUGCAGAGAGUGACCAACAUGGAGCUGUUAAAACUGUCCUACUGGUCCCCAACCAAAGACAUGCAGAGCGUUAUACUGGAAAUCAAGUCUUUCUUACAACAGUGGGCAAGACUGGAGGUAGAAAGUGAGAGAAAUGAUGUACAGAAAUAUCCUCAUGGGGCUUACCUAGAGAUGGAACAUCACCUGCUUACUCUAGCUCUGGUCAGUGAAGUUGUUCCUCGAGUGAAUUUGAGAUUUCAGAUGGAUGUAGACAAAAUGGCAGCCAUCAAGUCUCUACCUACACCAAGUAAGACAAGACAAGAAUUCAGUAGGGAGUACUGGGCAAGAGGUACAGGAUAUGGCCAUCACAAUAGACCAGAGUGGGAUAUAAAUGCUUAUCUUGCUGCCCAGAAGGAAAAGGAUAAUAAGAUUGAGAGUGUACUUCACCAAAUUCUAGAAGAGUUAAAGUUAUUGUACUCCCAGCAUGCACCACAGUUGAAGCCUCGUCCCCGAGAUAGUUUGAAAGACCCAGGGAUCCAAGACACAGGACAAGGAGUGGAUCCAGUUUAUGAUAUGUACACCGUUCUAGAAGGAUCUGCCCUUAUACCAUUCAUUGAGCAAUAUCUAAUGGCAGAUUCAUUCUUAGAGAUUUGCAGGCAUUCAGAGGUGUAUAAAGUUAUAGUAGAUAUUGUAAAAGAAUUAGCACGCCAGAGACAGUUUCUGCCCUUGUUGUGUGCAUUACCCAAUCAGGAGAUGUCUAUUUAUCAGCUGUUGUCCCAGCUGGAGCAGCGUGCUUCAAUCAUGCUGCGGCACCUGAACAAAGCUGGGAACGGAAGCGUACCAAAGGCACAGCCUCCCAAACCCACAGAGACCGAGACUACCACCAGUUCUUUCAAUUUGUUUCCCAAAUGUUUCACCAGAUGUCGAAGUUCACCUAGCACGCUUAGUUCCCCUCCAUCUUCAGAGUCAGAAAUGGCUGAAGAAAAAUUGGCUAGAGAAUUUGCAGUUCUCUUUAAUCUGGUAAAGGGUAUGCUGGAAUUGGAUGGAUUAUUAUCAAACAGCUCUUCAACAUCUAGUCAAUCAUCACUAGAGAGUGACAAAAAUUCCCCUAAACAAGAAGAAGUUUCAUCUGAACAGCAGGCACAAGUUGUUGAAGUUCAAUAUAAACGAGCAUUGCAGCCUCUACAGUUGGCAACAGCAUCGUUUUCUUUGGAGGGCACAAGCUGUCACAACUAUGCAUCAGACUUCAAGCACACACAAAAUGUCUUACAGAAACAGGUGUUGCGGAUUGCCCAAGAGUUAUCUUCUCUUUCCACCUCUCUUCCUUUGGAAUUAUCUUCUAGUAUAUUUGUCAGAACUGAUGAUGACAAAUUAACUUUGAUGAAAGCAUUAAUUACAGGACCUGAAGGUACACCAUAUUCUGGAGGUUGUUUUAUAUUUGACAUUCAUUUCCCUCACAUGUAUCCUCAAAUCCCACCCCAUGUCAACCUACAGACCACAGGAGGGGGCAAAGUUCGAUUCAAUCCCAACUUGUAUGCGUGUGGUAAAGUGUGCCUGUCCUUACUGGGUACCUGGGAGGGACAGAAGGGGGAGCAGUGGAAUGAAAAGACCUCCACUCUAUUACAGGUGCUUGUCUCAAUCCAGUCCUUAAUCCUAGUCCCUGAUCCGUAUUUUAAUGAGCCUGGAUUUGAACAGGAGAUUGGAACUGAUGCUGGGAAGAAGCACAGUGAUGAUUAUAAUGAAGAUGUGUGUUACAAUAAUAUAAAGUAUGCAAUGAUCAGCCAGCUUCAGUAUCCACCACCAGAGUUUGCAGAUGUCAUAAAAAAUCAUUUCUACUGGAAAAAACAAAGGAUUCUUGAGGAAGUAGAUGGUUGGGUGAAGAAGCAUGGUAAUAAGAGACUAGAAAGAAUGGCACAAAACCUAAAACAGGAACUCAAAAAAUUACAUCAGCCUCCUCCAAGUUCUGUACAAAACGUGGGAAGUUCCGAAAGAAAAACAGCGGGAAGCAAAGUCAAGAGAAAAAUGACUUCGCGGCGAUAUUUUCCAGUAAAAAAUGACAAAAAGUUCAGAUGGACCGAAAAUGGUAGUAUUGUGAAGGAUAGAAGGAGACCACAUGAAAAACACUACAGACAAUUUCAGCUGAAUCAGAGACAGUAUAACAUUGGAGACUUUGUACUGAUUGCUAGUAGCAAUGAUGACUUCCAGGAAGAUCCUUUAGAAUCAGCUUAUGUUGCCAAACUAGAAGACCUUUAUUCUGAUGGUGAACAGAAUGUUGCAGAAGUACAGUGGUACUGGACACAAGAGGAGUUGACAGAAUCCAUGUUAAAAAGAUGUAAAAAGAAAUAUGGGAGAAUACAGUCAAAUGAAGUAUUCCUAAAUGUUAGCAGAAAUGUUCAAAGAGAAAUAGACCCUGAAACUGUUUUGUGCAAGUGCAAAGUACUUCAAGGUGAUUUAGAAGAGAAGCAGUCAAAAGACAUGUUAAAAACUUUUGUGUUCAGCAAGACAUUUGAUGGAACAAAAUUUCAAGAUCUAGAAGAUGUCAAAGAUAAAGUUAUGAGAAAGGAACCUACACAGAAGAACUCAAAGGAGUAUAAAGAAAAUGAAGAUGUGAGACCAAAAACUAGGAGAUCUUUUGGAGGGCUUCCAGCACGUCAACUACAGGAAAGAAAGAGUAUGUUAAACGUCAUUCCAGUCAAUAAUGACCAAAAGGUGGACGCUGAUGUCCUUACUUCUUUGGUGCCAAAGGUUAAGAAGCUGCCAGACAGGAGAAAGUCGACCGGUCAGUUUUUGGGACGGCGAAUAGAGGCACAGGAUGUAGCCUCUAUGUUAAUGGAUGAUGAUGAUAGUGAUGCAAUAUCUCUAAUAUCUACUGCAUCCUCUGAAGUCUCCAGUGUUUGCAGCAAUAAAUCCAUGCCCUUAAAAUCUAUACUCACCCCCCAGAAGAAACCAGAACUGGCUCAUUUGAGCCGUACAGAACCUCGGCACCUGAACCGAAGAGUUUCGUUCUCAGCACAUGAUAGUAAACCUCAGCCUAAGUCUGCCACUAAGGCAGCACAGAGGAAAGUGCAGAAGGUUGUGAUUAAGAGGAUCUCUGAUAACAUGUACCAGUCCCACAGGAACAAGACCCCAGAGAGUACUGACCGGCCAGCCAGAAAAAAGCUGACUCAACAGUUUGAUUCCUCACGACCAGAAACACCAGCAUCUCGAAAUCUGAGAAAAAGAAGCAAGGUUAUUACUUAUGAUGAGAAUGUGGACUUUUCACCAGUAGGAAAAAACGAGGUUUUCCUGCCCUCAGACAGUGACACAGACAGUGAUCUGUCCGACUUCAGUGGACCCUCGAGAAAGAAAACUCCCAGAACAACUAAGAUGACCACACCGAAGGCCAAAAAACAAAGGAAAGGCAGUAGUUGUGCCACCCCAAAGAUUCCUGAGAGAUGUGAGCCGUUAACCUCACCCUCCAAUGUUCUAGAAGAAGCUAGAUCUAGAUUACAUGUAUCAGCAGUUCCAGAUUCUCUUCCAUGCCGAGAGACAGAGUUUCAGGAUAUUUAUAACUUUGUGGAGAGUAAAAUCUUGGAUGGAACUGGAGGAUGUAUGUACAUAUCAGGAGUUCCUGGGACGGGUAAGACAGCCACUGUACACGAAGUGGUCAGGGCCCUCCACCAGGCCACAGAGCAGGAGGAAUUACCAGGUUUCAAGUACAUCGACGUCAAUGGAAUGAAAUUAACAGAGCCCCGUCAGGCUUAUGUACAAAUGUUACAGCAACUGACCAAUCAGAAAGCUACCCCUGACCAUGCAGCAGAUUUGCUGAACAAAAAAUUUACCACCCCAGGGCCUCGUAAAGAAACUAUUGUCAUGUUGGUUGAUGAGCUAGACCUUUUGUGGACCAGGAAACAGGAUGUGAUGUAUAAUAUCUUUGAUUGGCCUUCACAUCGUCACGCUCGCCUGGUAGUUCUUGCUGUUGCAAACACCAUGGAUUUACCAGAACGCAUUAUGAUGAAAAGAGUCUCUAGCAGAUUAGGACUAACAAGAAUGACAUUCCAGCCUUACACCUUCAAACAGCUCCAGGAGAUAGUGAUCUCCAGAAUGAAGGGACUAAAGGCCUUUGAGGAAGAUGCCAUUCAGCUGGCUGCCAGAAAAGUGGCAGCAGUGUCGGGGGAUGCCAGACGAGCCCUGGACAUUUGUCGCAGAGCUACAGAAAUCACGGAGAAUCUGUCCCCCUCCAAGACCAAACUAUCCCUGGUUGGAAUGACACACGUAAAUGCAGCACUUCAAGAAAUGUUUUCUUCUCCAAAAGUUGUAGCCAUGAGGACAGCAUCAGACCAGGAGAAGAUUUUUCUGCGAGCUGUGGUGGCAGAAUUCCAAAGGUGUGGAUUGGAGGAAGCAGAGUUCUCUAGAAUUUAUACCCAGCAUGCAGCAUUGUGUAGGAUUGAUGGACUAAAGCCUCCAUCAACUACAGAACUGGCUAGGAUAUGUGCACGUUUAGGAAGUGUGCGUCUACUGCUGGUGGAACAUGGACGUAACGACCUUCAAAUGAGAGUGAGGCUAAAUGUUAGUCAGGAUGAUGUUCUGUAUGCACUCAAAGAGAAGAGUGGAGUUUGAUGAAAGCAUUUUAUACAGUGGGAUAAUUCAGACAGUGGUACAAAAAGGAGCUGAAAGAAAAUUCAUCAUAACAAUAGUCAUUCCACCCAUUAGCUGUGUUCAGAGGCAUUACUAAAAACUAACAUUCAUUUGCAAUCUAAGGCAGUAUAACUGUAGUAUUUAAAGAAUUGCACAUGAAAAAGUCAAACAUAUUUAUUUGAAUUCAACCUUUGAUUUUAAAAGCAUAAAAUAUAUUGAUAUUUUUUUUUUUGAAAAUGGGUGCUGUAUUUGCUUAUUGAAAUUUUUAAUCUUAUAUGAUGU